GUGGUUCAGGCUUCAGCAGCCUUGGAGAGGCAUCAGCUGAGAAGAGCUAUCACAUAGGCGCUAGGAGCUGCUCAGCAAAGAUGCCUUCAUGAGGAAGCUGGAGUCCAGAAGAGUUGCAGAGUGAGUAAUACCCAGACCUGGAACUAGAAGCUGAAUCUCAUGCUCCUUCCACGCCCCAUUCUGAUGAGAAAAUCAGAAAUUUCACAAAAUCAACCCUAAAGCCAGAGCACUGUCCUGGAGAGGGGAGACAGGAGGAUUUAGAAUUACCCUCAAAAGGGAACAACAACAAGGAGAACUAGGAAAGAACGAACAUGGAGAACUAAAAAAAGAAAGCGAGAAAAGAGGUGCCAGAGGUCACUCGGAAGGCCACUGUAGAGUAUGUGAGGAUCCGUCCCUACACAGUGCUACUUCCCAUCACCGGGGCUGAUCCUGGGGCUACCUUCUGACAGAAACUGGACAUGACCUACUGAGUUUGGAGCAGCCUGGCCUGGCACUCUGUCUAUAUAGGAGCCCAGCUUGGAAGGCUGGUGAUAAGAGCCUGCCAUACAGGCUCCAGAAGGCCCCCCAACAAAAUUGGGAAGCCUGGACCUGGGCUUACAUCCCAGGGUUGUGGAGUAGGAUGGGGGAUGGGCCUGUGACAGGAAGUGCCCUGGGUGUCCUCUUUCGGCCCCAUGGAGUCCUCAGCCAUCCCCCAGUCAUCAGGAAACUCGUCCACUUUGGGAAGGGCCCUUCAAACCCCAGGUCCCUCUACUGCCAGCGGGGUCCCAGAGUUGGGAUUACAGGACGUGGCUUCAGAAUCUGUGGCCCUCUUCUUCAUGCUCCUGUUGGAUCUCACUGCUGUGGCUGGCAAUGCUGCUGUGAUGGCUGUUAUUGCCAAGACACCCGCCCUACGAAAAUUUGUUUUUGUCUUCCAUCUCUGUCUGGUGGACCUGCUGGCUGCCCUGACCCUCAUGCCACUGGCCAUGCUCUCCAGCUCUGCCCUCUUUGACCACGCCCUCUUUGGGGAGGUGGCCUGCCGCCUAUACCUGUUCCUGAGCGUUUGCUUUGUCAGCCUGGCCAUCCUUUCGGUGUCUGCCAUUAAUGUGGAGCGCUACUAUUAUGUGGUCCACCCCAUGCGCUACGAGGUGCGCAUGACACUAGGGCUGGUGGCCUCCGUGCUGGUGGGCGUGUGGGUAAAGGCCCUCGCCAUGGCUUCUGUGCCAGUGUUGGGAAGGGUCUACUGGGAGGAAGGAGCUCCCAGUGUUAACCCUGGCUGUUCUCUCCAAUGGAGCCAUAGUGCCUACUGCCAGCUUUUUGUGGUGGUCUUUGCUGUUUUGUACUUCUUGCUGCCCUUGAUCCUGAUCUUUGUGGUCUACUGCAGCAUGUUUCGAGUAGCUCGAGUGGCUGCCAUGCAACACGGGCCGUUGCCCACGUGGAUGGAGACGCCCCGGCAACGCUCUGAGUCUCUCAGUAGCCGCUCUACUAUGGUUACAAGCUCCGGGGCUCACCAGACCACCCCACACCGGACGUUUGGGGGUGGGAAGGCAGCAGUGGUCCUCCUGGCUGUAGGGGGACAGUUCUUGCUUUGUUGGUUGCCCUACUUCUCUUUCCAUCUCUACGUUGCCCUGAGCGCACAGCCCAUUUCAACAGGACAAGUGGAGAAUGUGGUGACCUGGAUUGGCUACUUUUGCUUCACUUCCAACCCCUUUUUCUACGGCUGUCUCAACCGUCAGAUCCGGGGCGAGCUUAGCAAACAGUUUGUCUGCUUCUUCAAGGCAGCGCCAGAGGAGGAUCUGAGGCUGCCUAGUCGAGAGGGCUCCAUUGAGGAGAAUUUUCUGCAGUUCCUCCAAGGAACCUCUGAGAACUGGGUUUCUCGGCCCCUACCCAGUCCUAAGCGGGAGCCACCCCCUGCGGUUGACUUUCGAAUCCCAGGCCAGAUUGCUGAGGAGACCUCAGAGUUCCUGGAGCAGCAACUCACCAGCGACAUCAUCAUGUCGGACAGCUACCUCCGUCCCGCCCCCUCACCAAGGCUGGAGUCCUGAUGGACACCGGGAGGGAGAUAAAGCUUGGGGCUGGUUUAUGAUCUCAAGGACUGCUUUGGCGGCUGGCUGGGGUUUGGGCUAGGGUCUCUGGACUUAGCUU